AUGAUUAAAUCAUUGCAAGAACUUCAAGAUUACAUAAAAUCGAAGGAUAAUUUUACAAAUUUUACAAAUUCUUCAGUUGUUCCUGAUGUGUGUAAAACUGAACCGUGUAUGCUUGGUGUUGACGAAGCUGGACGAGGACCUGUUUUAGGUCCUAUGGUAUAUGGCAUAGCUUACUGCCCAGUAAACCAAACCAAAGUACUACAAGAUCUUGGGUGUGCUGAUUCCAAAGCUUUGACAGAAGAAAAACGUGAUGACAUAUUUACUAAAAUGAUAACUGAAGAAGAUUCACUGAACAAUGUUGGAUGGAUUGCUGAUGUCAUUUCUCCAAAUUACAUUUCAAACUCUAUGUAUAGACGGGCAAAACAUUCUUUGAAUGAGGUGUCAAUGAACUCUGCAAUAGCAUUAAUAAAGAAGGCAGCUGAGAGUGGUGCCAACAUAACUGAAGUGUAUGUGGACACUGUUGGUCCACCAGAAAAGUACCAAGCAAAGUUAUCUGAAAUCUUUCCUAAUUACAAGAUAACUGUAGCAAAGAAAGCUGAUUCGUUAUACCCCAUAGUAUCUGCAGCCAGUAUUGUGGCAAAGGUAACAAGAGAUCAUGCCUUGAAGGUAUGGAAAUUCCUUGAAGGAUUGGAAAUAGACCAGGCAGGAUUUGGAAGUGGAUAUCCAGGAGAUCCAGUAACAAAAAAGUUUAUUCGUGAACAAAUAGACCAUGUGUUUGGAUACCCAAUGUUGGUGAGGUUCAGUUGGUCUACAGCUGAACUUAUGCUGCAGGAGAAGGCCGCUACCUGCACCUUCGAAGAUAUAGACGAGCAAGGCUCUAAGAAGUCUAACACUAAAUCAAUCAGCUCAUUUUUUGCUAAACCAGAUGAAGUCAAACCUAGGAAACGACACAAGUUCUUUGAAGAAAGACAUUUGUCUGUUGGUAAUCCUUUUGAAUGA